AGUCCACAGAGAGCGCAUUCGGCUGGAGGAAAAGUGAGCAAACUGUGAAAAGACCCUCCUCUGCCACGUCUGAACCUGCCCUGUCAGUUCCUUUCAGCUCAAACCUGCAGAAGAAGCCGGAAGAUAGAAGGAAGCUUUAAUUAAUUAACGUUCUGCAAUGCAGCCCAUCUUUCCUCUUCCUCUCCUGUUUCUCCUGUUGGCUCAACAAAGCGUUUGGUCAUCUACUCCACAGGAACCAAAAGUUCAAGGCUCUCCUCCAGAAAUCUCCAGCUUACAUCACCCCACCUGGAGCCUGGGACUGCAGCUGUACAGGUCGCUCCGCACCAACGGUUCCCAGACCAACACCUUCAUCUCCCCGCUUCUGUUGGCCAACUCCUUGCUGGCUCUAGGGGGUGGAGCGAAAGGAUCCACAGCCAGCCAGUUUCAUGAUCUCCUGAGCAUCACCAAAAAUGAGAAUGUUGUAGGAGAGACUUUGUCCGCAGCAAAGAAGGCUGUGCAUGAAUCGAAUGGAACCAGCCACAUAUUGCACAGUUCCUCUGCACUGUUUUCCAAACAAGCCCCUGAACUGGAGAAGAGCUUUUUGGAGAAGCUCCAGACCCACUUUGGGAUGCAGCAUGUGGCCCUGGAGGAGACCGACAUGGAGAAGCUCCAGUCCUGGGCUAAAAGUGGGAUGGAUGGGAAAGAGGCAGCAGCUCUGAAACCGGCACUGGAGACCAAAGCUGGAGCCAUGAUACUGGCCAAUGCAAUGCACUUUAAAGGAUUGUGGGAUCGAGGCUUUUACCAUGAAAACCAAGAUGUACGCAGCUUCCUAGGAACCAAAUACACUAAAGUUCCCAUGAUGCACAGAUCAGGUGUGUACGGUCAUUAUGAGGACAUGGAGAACAUGGUGCAGGUUUUGGAACUGGGCCUGUGGGAAGGGAAAGCCAGUAUUGUGCUGCUUUUGCCCUUUCAUGUGGAGAGCUUGGCUCGGCUAGACCGUCUGCUGACCCUGGAUCGGCUGGAGAAGUGGUUUGGGAAACUAAACUCCACAAGUAUGGCAUUAUCCCUCCCGAGAACCAAGAUGAGUAGCGCGGUCAAUCUGCAGAAACAGCUGGCCACAUUGGGUCUGGUUGACGCGUGGAAUGAGACAUCAGCCGAUUUCUCCACUUUGUCAAGCCUAGGACGGGGAAAGCUUCACCUGGGAGCAGUGCUGCAUUGGACAACCUUUGAACUGGCCCCAGAGUCCGGCAGCAAGGAUGAUGUAUUUGAGGACGAGGAUGUGAAGAAGCCUAAAAUCUUCUAUGCAGAUCAUUCCUUCAUUAUACUAGUCAGGGACAACAGCACUGGGGCAUUGCUCAUGAUAGGUGCUCUGGACCACACAGAUGGCCCUGCAAUUCACGACGAGCUGUAAAGCCAAAAUACUUGACCCUCUGGCACUGACAAAUCAGCUUAAGAGCCAAAAUGGCUGACCUACGGGUAUUGACAAUAAACUGACCCACUUAUCUACUACAAAUCCACUGUCUUUCAUCUGUUGGCCUUAUGUGCUGACAUGUUACAUUGUGCUUGUUUUACAAAUUCACAAGAGCUUAGGAUAGUAUUUAGUUAAAAAAAAUGUUUGGGUCUGCACUGAAUCUGCCUCACAGAUUUCUGUGGAAAUCGUUCCAGAUUUUAUCAGAAUAAAUAAGUUUAAUGCAACUUGUAGUUUUGUUUAUUAAAUAUUUGUACAACGUUGAUAGAUCUUUCAGCUGCCACUAUCAGUUAAAAAACCUUUAUAUCUUUGAACAUUUAGUUAAUUUUUUUCACAUAUUUUGUAGUGCUGUUAAAUACAAUUAUUCCAAUCUCUAAAUUAAUAUCUACACUUAAAAACAUAACUCUUAAGAUUUGCUUUAUCAAAUCUUUGUACCAAUUUGCACGAGCAAGAUAAUAUCUUAUAUCAAGUACAAUUAACUUAUCAUUCAUUCAUUCAUUCAUUUUCUUUUUGGCUUAGUCCCUUUGUUAAUCUGGGGUCACAUUAGCGGAAUGAACCGCCAACUUAUCCAGCACGUUUUUACGCAGCGGAUGCUCUUCCAGCCGCAACCCAUCUCUGGAAAACAUCCAUACACAGUCAUUCACUACGGACAAUUUAGCCUACCCAAUUCACCUGUACCGCAUGUCUUUAGACUGUGGGGGAAACCGGAGCACUUGGAGGAAACGCACGCGAACGCAGGGAGAACAUGCAAAUUCCACACGGAAACGCCAACUGACCAAGCCGAGGCUCGAACCAGCGACCUUCUUGCUGUGAGGCGACAGCACUACCUACUGCGCCACU